AUGCCCAUCGACGAGUGGCAUAGCGCCGAAAAAAGAAAAUCCGCGAAUCCAUCACAAUGGAAACGGAAUGUAAUAAAGAAGUCUAUUGCUACUGGAAAGAGCUAUUUAAACUAUAAAGGCCGUGAAAUAGGCGAAAGAAAAACUGGACCGGAUUGUUGUUGUAAGAAGUAUAAGUGUUUUGUUCAAAUUAAUGAAGAAGAUAGGAAACUAAUAUUGGAAAAUUUUAAUAAAUUGGAAGAAACCUAUGUGCAAAACGUAUACUUAGGCGGUUUAAUUAAAACUGAGAAUGUUGAAAGGGAAAGAUCUAAAACUGGUACGGGGAAGAAACGGAGUUGUUCAUACAAAUAUUAUAUUAAAUUAGGAAAUAGAAAUAUACAAAUUUGCAGAAAUGGCUUUGCAUCUAUCCAUGGAAUAUCCAAAAAGCGUGUAGACAAUGUUGCUAAAGAGUAUCGGGAUCCUACUGUAACUACACCAGCUCAGUCUAGUCGUGAAAAACAUCAAAAUAGACCAAAUCGUAUUCCAAGUGAAUGA